AUGUGGUUAGCCACGUUAACUAUCAUUGUAGCCGUCUGCUUGUACAUCUACUAUGACACUCGUAAACCUAAGAAAUUCCCACCUGGCCCAAAAUGGAUCCCUAUCCUUGGCUGCGCCAGUGAAGUAUAUAAACUCCGAGAAAAAACCGGCUACUUAUACAAAGCCGUGAAAGAACUCUCACUGUCCUACUCUAAAGAUGGAUCCCUGCUUGGUCUAAGAAUUGGAAAAGAUAGAAUCGUAAUGGUAAACAGUCUAGAAGCUAACAAGGAAAUGCUUUAUAAUGAAGAUAUUGAUGGGAGACCCAAAGGGAUAUUCUAUCAAACCAGAACUUGGGGUGAGAGACGUGGCGUGCUCCUCACUGAUGGAGAGCUGUGGAAAGAACAGAGAAGAUUCCUGUUACGCCAUUUGAAGGAGUUUGGAUUCGGUAGACGAGGCAUGGAGGAUAUUGCCAGGUCGGAAGCGCGUCAUAUGGUCACUGACGUCAUGACAAUUAUUGGUGACAAUAACGGUGAGACAGCCAUAAUUCAGAUGCACAAUUUCUUUAACGUGUACAUCUUGAACACGCUGUGGACGAUGAUGGCGGGUAUCAGGUACAAACCCAGCGACCCGCAGAUGAAGGUCCUUCAAAGUCUUCUAUUUGACUUAUUCGCUGCAGUUGAUAUGGUGGGCGCACUCUUCAGCCACUUUCCUAUCUUGAGCAUUGUGACUCCUACGUUGUCAGGGUAUAAAGACUUUAUACGAACGCACAAAAGAAUAUGGAAGUUUCUUCGAGAGGAGCUAGCAAGACAUAAGGAUCGAUUUGAUUCUUCACAAGAAGACAGGGAUUUUAUGGAUGUGUACAUAAGAGUUUUGAAGGAGAGAGGAGAGGUAGACACGUAUUCGGAAGGUCAGCUCGUGGCCAUGUGCAUGGACAUGUUCAUGGCUGGCACGGAGACUACUAGUAAGAGUAUGAGCUUCUGCUUCAGUUACUUGGUAAGGGAGCAAGAGGUGCAGAAGAAGGCUCAGGAAGAGAUUGACAGGGUAGUCGGUAAAGAUAGGACCCCCAGCUUGGAUGAUCGUCCCAAUAUGCCGUACAACGAGGCGGUAGUGCACGAGUGUGUACGACAUUUUAUGGGACGAACUUUUGGAGUACCUCAUCGAGCCCUCAGAGACACCACUCUGGCUGGCUACUUUAUCCCAGAGGAUACGAUGGUGUUGAGCAACUUCACAAACAUUUUGAUGGACGAGGAAAUGUACCCAGAGCCCUACGCCUUCAAGCCAGAACGAUUUCUCGCUGAGGGGAAGAUCUGUCUGCCCGACCAUUACUUUCCCUUUGGUCUGGCCAAACACAGGUGCAUGGGAGACGUAUUAGCUAAAUGCAAUAUAUUCGUGUUUACCACUACCAUGCUGCAGAAGUUCUCUUUUCUACCAGUUCCUGGAGAACCUCUGCCUUCACUAGACCAUGUUGAUGGGGCUACUCCGUCCGCGGCUCCCUUCAAAGCUUUGGUAGUGCCAAGGAAGUAGGAGGCGUCUCCGUAGCCUAAGACACCAGCUCCUCUUCAGAAUAGGCAUUUAACCGAUGGUCGAAAGGGCGAAUAGAAACGUUAACUAUAUGUGAUAGACAAGACACUGAUAUUCAACUAACUCGUUCAAUUAGAUGACAUUUGUUCCGGGAGCUAAUUAGGUAAUGAUAUAAGUACAGUAUUUUUACAUAAUAUUACAUACGAUUUUUGUCAAUUGUUGUUUUAUAAAUAAAGAUGUUUUAGUGAAUAAUUGAAUUAUGAAUAUUUUGUAUUAUUAUGGCGAUUGAUUCGAAAGCCACUAUGUUGUAAACUGUCUGUCAAAGAUGGAAGGCUUAAAAUUAAAUGAAGUUGUUGUUGAUACUUA